CUGUUUCUCUUGUGGCAUCUGUGUGGAAAGUGCCACACACACUCCAGAACAACGACGGCUUUUGCUUGCAUUUUCCAGUGUUUCUUUUGUCAGCGAGUUCAGCAAAGUUGUAAUUCUUCAAGUGCCAGCCCUGAGCUGAGUGAGGAACCACCAGCGGAGAUGGUAAAAAUGACAAAAUCAAAAACGUUCCAGGCUUACCUGCCAAACUGUCAUCGAACCUACAGCUGUAUCCACUGCAGAGCUCACCUAGCCAAUCAUGAUGAGUUGAUCUCCAAGUCUUUUCAGGGAAGCCAGGGACGAGCCUACCUCUUCAAUUCUGUAGUGAAUGUGGGCUGUGGUCCAGCAGAAGAGAGAGUACUUCUGACAGGUUUACAUGCUGUAGCAGAUAUCUAUUGUGAAAACUGUAAGACUACUCUUGGAUGGAAAUAUGAACAUGCUUUUGAAAGCAGUCAGAAGUACAAAGAAGGAAAAUUUAUAAUUGAACUUGCCCACAUGAUCAAAGACAAUGGCUGGGAGUGAUUUCCUACCCCCCUCUCUCACGCUCUGGACAAUAUUCUGUGGAACAUGCUUUAUAAAGACUAGUGCAAAGUAAAGGAGGAUUCUGGCUGAGGUGGCUCUGAAAAUAUCGCUGAACUUUGAAACCUCACAAAUGAGUAGUGUAGUUUGUGGCUCUUUCAGGCCAUGUUUGCCUUUUUCUCCUUGUGUAAGUUCCAUCUUUUUGUAUAUGUACUCUUGUGUGAACAGUUGUUUUGGAACAUUUUGGAUGACCUUUUUCUAAACUCUGACUAGAGAAACCAUUAGUUAAUUGCAGAUGGAUUUUACUGGUUGGUAUCUAUCUUUUACCUAUGCCUUUAAUGCUACCUUCUGCUGUGCAUGCUUCUUGCCUAAACACCUACACUCCAAUCCUAUGGAAGACCUGUAUGAGCAGUCCUAAAGAAUGUAUAGGAUGGGGGUGUCUUUUUAUAUGUAGCAACUUCUGACGUCUUUUGGAAGCGAAGGGGAUGCAGUAUUGUAGUUUCAUUAAUUUCUUUUUAAAAUUUGGGAGUACAAAAACCUGUGUACGUCUUGUAAGGAAACUGAUUAUAGGUACAGUGCCCACUUAGAAAUCUUUCAGUUGCACUGACUGAAUGUAUAAGAUCUUAAAUUUUGUUAAGAAUACAUUGAUGUUUUGAUAUAAUUAGUGCAAAUAACUUGCAAGAACAUUAAGGAAUGAUACUGUAAUUGUAAUCAAAAUACAUUCCUUAUUCUGCAACCUUUUAUCUUUAGGGAAGAAGAAAGAAUAACAGCCUGCAAGAUCAAAGGGCACAAAAAUGUACAUGUCUUUCACUUGCUACCAAAUUAUUUUUUGCACUGUACCUUUAACAGUAACAGGGAGCUAUGCAUCAAUGAAGUUGUAUGGCUGGUUCCAUGUAGCUGCAUAGCCUAAUGCACUGGACAAAGAGGUUGAUAUAUUUAAAAAAAAAAAACAAAACUCCUUAAAAUAUUCUACUAUCAUUACAUUUGAACAAGAAUAGAUAUUUUUGUGGGAAAAGGGCCAUGGCCUAUGAGAGAGAAAUGGGGGUUAAUGGGAGGGUAGGAAAGUAAAGAAUGAAAGUUGAUUUCACUUAUUCAUAAAAUAGAAUAGCAAGAUAAUCCUUUUUUUAAGUAUAAAGAAAGAAAAAGGGGGUUACUUGGUUUGCUGGAUAAAUCGCCCCCAAAGACAUUUUUGUAAUAAAGUUUUAUAUGAAAAUGUGCUUUCUUUCUGUGAGGUUUUUUUUCUAGUUCUUCCAGCUACUUUUCAACUAGAGGGACUUGGAGAGAAACUUCUAUAGAUGUGUAUACACAAUAUUAAUUAUUGGGAUUUGUGUAUACACUUUCAGUGUCUUAUGAAAUACUUUGUUCUUAGAGAGGAACUUUUGAACUUGGCUCCCUUAAUUCUUGAGAAUAAAGUGGUUGGGUAAAUCUUUAACACUACAUAAGUACUAUGACAAAAUUAAUAAUAUGAAAGCCUUGCAAUACAAAGUAAUUCCUUUCAGUAACAUUUUAACUUGGCAUCUAUGAAGUCUAGUAAUAUGUGCCAUUGCUGCUGCUGCUGUUACGUUCUGGAAAAUCUCUCAUAGGCUUUCAGAAUUCUCCUGCACUUUACUGUUCUAUGUCAUUCAUUAAAAAGUAUGCCAAUGGGUAAGAGCAAUACAGAUCUUUAGAAAGAGCUUUUAAUUUCUUUUUUGGGAGGAGGGAAAAUCCUCCCGGCUGUAAAGGUUUUUUCUAUGAUGCAGGCUGGCUAAACUGCACGUCAGAAAUCUACAGAACUCAAUGUUUAACAAAACAAAAAUAACUAAAACUUUUAGCCUUUAGUCCAAAGAACUAAGUCUAAUUUGGAUUUUAACGGUGGCUGCAUUAGUUUUCCAUGUUGAAGAAUAUGAUCAGACAAGAGAUUCCCCUAUGACUAAAACUCAUUGAUGCAAGAUGGGUAUUAGGUUUUUUGCUCAUCUUUGGCCCUUUCAACUUGGAAUCUCUAUACUAUUUUCUUCUAUUACAGUGCCAGCAAGGAAAACACUGGCAUAGUCAUAACAAGGAGAUGGUAUCAAUGUCUAAUUUAUUGUAAUGUUGAUACCCAUAAAGAUGUCUAUAGACAAGUUUAUCUCUUUCUCUUCUCCCCCAGCUACAGACUUGUAAAGCAGUACACUAAGUUGAAGAAAAGAAAAAUAACUACUUUUCACUAUAAAAGAGACCACAAAUUUAAGGUUAGCUGUUUUUUUU